AUGAUUCGUGGUGCUUGCAUCCUUUUGGCCCUGCGCGGCGCUGCUGCUGAGCAGGUCACCAUGCCUUCUUGCGCAACGAAGGGUGUGGCCUACUCGACUGACCGCGACACCGCCAAUGCUCUUCCGAACGGAGCCUACGUCACCGAUUCCGUGCAGUGCCAGACGAGCUGCAAGACGAUGCCAGACUGCACCCACUUCACCUGGAAGGAGGACUCCUUCCCUGGCGGUGCCUGCUUCCUCUUCACGCAGCUGGGUCAUGAGGAGCCCGCCGAGAAAUCGAUCAGCGGCCCUAAGGUGUGCGUCGAAAACGACAAGGAGGUUGCACCCGUUGCAACCCCGACCGUGGAACCAGCCGCCAUCCUCACACCUCCCAAAGUCAAGAAGGUCGAAGACCUCGGAACGGCGCCAGCUGAGGUCCUGGGGGCUGGUCCCGAGAUUAGCACAAGCGGCAAUGGUGGCAACACCAUGGUCUACGGUCUGAUUGGUGGCAUUGCCGGAGCAGUGGCUGUUGCUGGCGGAGCAUACUACUUCAUGUCCGGCGGAAAGAAGAAGUCGAAGAAGUCGAAGCGUGCCGUCGGCGUGGAGAAGGAGCAACAGCCAAUGAUCGAGGAGGCCCCUGCGCAGCCGGCUCCGUCUUCAAGUGUCGCCGUCACACCGGGCUUUGAGCAGUACCAGGGCGUGAGCAUGUAUCCGAUGAUGGGUCAACAGGCCCAAAUGACCCCUGUGCCGCAGUACUACCAGCAGGUGCCGAACUACCAGCCAAUGUACUACCAGUAUCCUGCAGCACAGGCUGCUACGACGAUGUAUUGA